UAUUGAUGAGGGGAGAAAAUGGCGUCUUGCACAGGGCGAACGGAACUUUCACAAGAUAUGAAGUUAUUGCGUUUAUUUCAAAGCUGAGUUGAUUGUAAGUUAACCUUAUCGCAAUUAUAACAUAACAACAUUUAUUACUAUAAACUUUUACUUGUAAUGGGAUCCGUGUGAGAAUGAAUGACUAAAACACAUAUUUGGAAGGUUACCAAGUGUCCAUAAUAGUCGACCUCGUUUUGUGAGCAAGACAAAUCGCCAUGUAGGAUCACAAACACCUCGGUUUUUCAAACCAAUCUACCUCAUCAGGCUCAUGAACUACCUCGCCCAAUGGCCGCAUAUUCGGAGUCAGUCGGGGAGCAGUUGGCGUGUCCUGUUUGCCUCAAUAGAAUUGACGAUCCUCGAAUAUUGCCUUGCCUUCACUCAUUUUGCAGGCGGUGUUUGGAACAGGCUAUCAACAGGGAUCAAGGACAAGAUCAAGGUGUUCUUCGGUGCCCAACAUGUCAACAAAGUGUAUCACUGGGACCUGAAGGUAUUGAUAAUCUUCCUUCAAAUUUGUUUGUUUCGAAUUUAUUUGAGGCAAUGGUACAACAUGAAGACUACGAAACUAAUGGAGAGAGGCCAAUCACGGGGACACGAUGGUGUAGUUCGUGUGAGGAGGGAAGUAAAGCAACAGCUGUGUGUAAAAAUUGCAAUGAAUACCUAUGUGAUAACUGUGUGAUGGCACAUCAACGUGUGAGAUUGACUAAAGAUCAUUAUAUUGAACGUCUUUUAAUGAACCGUAGUAGACCACAUUAUAGUUCACUUGCUGCUCCCUUAAGUUCACCCUCAUCACUCCCUCAAAACAUACAGCUUCCAGAUUCUUUAUCAAACAGUUGUCCAAGACAUGAACAUGAAAUUCUCUGUUUUUUCUGUGAUACCUGUUCAGUGGCAAUAUGUCGUGAGUGCACCAUGGUUGAUCAUAUUGGACAUAAUCGUAUCUACCUCCAUGAUGCUGUUGAAAAUUCAAAAGCCAUCACCGUGCGACUUCUUACUGAUGCAAAACUAAGUAUUAAAGCUUUAGAAGAAGGUAUUGAAAAUUCUCAGAAUAUGGCUGAACACACUGAAGUAAGAUCCCAGGCAGUAGCAAAUGAAGUCCGUGCAACAACUCGACGCCAUAUGAUUGCAUUGGAGGAAAGGGAACGUGAUUUACUCAGACAUGUAGAAAAGGUUAGACAGGUUAAGGGAAAAUCAUUGCAUCUGCAAAUCGACGAUUUAAAGCAAGGUCUUUCAUCUCUUAUGCAAACUGUUGAUCAUGUUGAAAACAUGCUGAAUACGGGUACUGAUAUGGAUUCACUCAAUGCAAGGGGAAUAAUUGUGAAUGAAAUGCAAAAUGUGCGCAAACUCCGAGGUCAUUUACAACCUCAUGAAGAUGAUAACAUUAUGUUUACACCUCCUGAUGCUGCUUUAUAUAAUGCUAUCAGCAAAAUGGGAAUAAUAAGCAGCAGUGCAUAUGCACCAAACUGCAUAGCAACAGGUGAUGGCUUGAAAAAAGCAUUAAAAGGGAAGGUUUCAAUGUGCAUGAUUCAUGCCAAAGACCACCAUGGAGAGCCAAGAAUGAUAGGUGGAGAUCCUGUUGAAUGUAUAAUACAAAGUCCUGAAGGUGCAUUGUAUAGGACUGAAGUUCUUGAUCGUCAGAAUGGAACAUAUACCAUAUCUUAUCGUCCACAAAUGGAAGGAAAACAUAUCAUUUCUAUAACAAUUCGUGGCAAGCAUAUUGCAGAUAGUCCCUUUAUAGUGCAAGUAAGAAGUGGUCGAAACUAUAUGACAGUUGGACAGCUUUUUCUUCAGUUUGGUGGAGAAGGAGAAGAGGAAGGCAAGUUUUGUCGUCCAUGGGGAGUAUGUUGUCAUAAGGAUAAUUAUAUAAUUGUUGCAGACCGAAGCAACAAUAGAGUUCAGGUGUUUAACCCCGAUGGCACUUUUCAUCACAGGUUUGGAUCUGCAGGAACAAGGCCUGGGCAAUUUGAUCGACCAGCAGGUGUUGCUUGUGAUUCACAGGGAAAUGUAGUCGUUGCAGAUAAGGACAACCAUAGAAUCCAAAAAUUUACUAUUGAUGGCAAUUUUCUUAUUAAAUUUGGUGAGAAGGGAAAUAAAAAUGGCCAAUUCAACUAUCCAUGGGAUGUUGCACUGAAUUCUGAAGGAAAAAUAUUAGUUUCAGAUACACGAAACCAUCGUGUACAGUUAUUUAGUGCCGAAGGACAAUUCUUGAACAAAUAUGGAUUUGAAGGAUCCUUAUGGAAACACUUUGAUUCUCCAAGAGGUGUCUGCUUUAAUAAUGAAGGACACAUGGUUGUUACUGAUUUUAACAACCAUCGUUUACUUGUGAUACACCCUGACUUUCAAACAGCAAGAUUUCUUGGAACAGAAGGUUCUGGUAAUGGACAAUUCUUGCGUCCUCAGGGAGUGAUUGUAGAUCAAGAGGGUAACAUUAUAGUCACAGAUUCCAGGAAUCAUCGCAUUCAAGUAUUUCAGCCAAAUGGCAACUUUAUGUGCAAAUUUGGAACACCAGGUACAGGUCCGGGUCAAAUGGAUAGGCCUUCAGGUAUUUGUUUAACCCCAGAGGGGCUUCUUGUUGUUGUUGAUUUUGGAAACAAUCGUGUACAGUUAUUUUGAAUAUUGUUAUUUCUUGCUUGCUUUUUCCCUUUAAGGGUAGACAAAAUUCAAUGUUAUUGAAUAAGAGCAUUAUAGCAAUCAAGUUCAUAUUUCAGGAAAAGAAAACAGUUUCAGAAACUGCGUACUUUUACUCUUGUACUGUACACUAGAUUAUCCUCACGCAUGAUAUGAAAAUGCUUGGUAAUAAGAAUAUGAUGACUGGCCUGGGUUGUUAUAAUUGUAUGAAUGUCAAUGCUGAAAGCAUUUUGCAGCACUUGUAUAUAUAAGUCAGAUUGUUUUGCUUUUGAUUUACUGAGUUAGCUUGAAGUCUGAACUUGAUUGUUUUAUACUCGGAGUAAAGCUAUGUCUUUUUUUCCUUUCUUGUCAUUAUUAUUGUCGCUAAAAGUGAUAGACUCAGGUUUAUUUUCACAUGCCAAAGGCACAAAGCUCAGGGAAUUAGUUGUGUUUUCAGCAUUCAUGCAUGUUAUUUGUGCGAGAUUAAGGCUUAUAUACAAAUAUUCUAGAUAUCAGUGUCCAAUGUCUUGGAUGUUUGAAAGACAAAUAGCCAGUACCUACAAUGUAAUGUCAGAUUUUAAAGAUUAGAAAAAUAAUCAUAUAAUUUUGAUUAAAAAAAAAUAAAGUUUAGAGUAUUAAAGAGAUCAAGAUUUUAACAUUUACAUAUAUAUAUAUACUUUCCCCAUUUUCUUCAAUAGGUCAUGUAAGUGAUAAUAACCAGUAUGCACCUCAAAAAAUUAAAAAUAUUUUUGUUUUUAUUUUAAGUGUAAUCGGAUGGCACAUUUAAUUGAUAAGUUAUUAGAAAUACAGGUAUGAAUAGACACGAUAGAUGUUUUUUAAACUUCUUCAAAAGAAAAUAUUAAAAAGUUUCAUACAAGUAUUGUUUCAUUUUACUAUGUAUAUAUUUAUAUAUAAAAAAAAUCCUUAUUAAAAACUACGACCAUUUGAACAUGUAACUUUUUAAAAAUUAAAUCAACAUGAUUAAAACUGAAAAAAAUUAUUCAUUCUGUUGAUUACAAAUUAAAUUAACCAAUAUUUUCCAUUUGGUUAUCAAAAAAAUAAAAUGUUUUUAAAACAAUAUAUAAAAUGAAAGACUAAUUAAAAUCAAGUGGUUUAUUUUAGGAUAAAGUUCUGAAAAAAUAAAGGUCUGAAAAAAAGCUACCUCUCAAAAGCAUAGUACAUUAUGUUCCCUAAAAUUGAUGUUUAUAUUAGUUGCUAAGGGAAACAUGACCAUGACUAUAUCUAUGCUGAUCAAACAUUUCAUGUUAAUCCAAGCAGGGAAUUUGGUCAGUAAAUAAAAAUGAUAUAAUAUAUUGAUAUACAAUCUUGCCCAUAAUUUAAAACUUAUUGAAAAUUUGUUAAUAUGUACCAUUCAGGAAUUUUACUUGUGUAGUAGAUUUUUAAUUGUUAUCACUGGCUAAAUACAAAAUUUGCUGGUGGUUUUCUUGAGCCUUCAUAAAAUAAAUUGCAUUGUAAGGAUGCAAGCUUUGAGAAUGUGUUACAUGUAGGUUUUAUGAGAAAGAGUUUGCUAAAAUGUUUAGACAUAAGCUUAUUAUUAUUAGUAUUAUCAGAAUUUUUCUUUCUUGCAACAUGUAUGUGAUUGAUUGAUCCUUUGGCAUAUAGUUUUCAGUGAAAUUGCAUUUCCAAAUGUUGAAUAUUUUAUAGACUAAAUACUAUUGAUUUUGAUUUAGCAAUAUUUUUUAUUUUAAAUUUAUUGAUGUGUAAGGAAAUUGUUUUAAGCUAAAUGGGGAAUUGAACUUGUACUCUAGAAAUACACAUUACCCUGGUUUGUGUAGUGUCUCCAUGUGUCAUAGUUUGUAUAAAUAUAUGAAGGUAGUAAUAUUUUCCUUUAUGAUCACGAGAUGUUAAGUCAGAAAAGGACCUAGGAUUCUAAGCAUUUUCUGUUAUAAAGAAAGGGGGUUACAUGUAUUGUAUAUAUAUAUCUGGGAGUGCCAGUUUAAGCAGUCAUUACAAAUUAAGCAUAUUAAAAUAUUGCUAUUAAAAUACAUUCUUUACAUUUAUUAUAUUUUAUUUCUAUCCAUAAUAAAUUAAUUAAAAAACAAAACAUUGAUAAAAAUGUAAUUACAUCUAUUAUUUUUUUGGAAUAGAGCAAAACCCUAUUAUAUUUGUUUCACCUUUAGUAACCUCAAUGGCUUAUUGUUAAUUUUAAGGCUUGGAAUUAAUUAAUUUCCCAUGGUAAUGUGGAUAUCCUGUUGUUUACUAUUAUCUUUGCCAGAUUUUUGACAUAACAUUUUCCUUUGCCCUCCAGCUUGAAUUGGACAUGCAUAUUAAGCUGGACAUUCCCAUGUGAUGGGUCAUUUUGGGCCUUCUCUUGUUAUUUAAUGGUCAUAAAAACACUCACAUGACCUGGUCACUAGAUGAGAUCAUUUGGGUCAGGGAGUUGUUUACAACAUUAAUGUUUAGCCACAUUAGAUUUUGACUUUGUAGUUGUGAUAAAUAGAAAUUGUGUUUCUACAAAAUUUUUGGGAAAAAGAAAGAAAUAUAUUACAUUGUAAAUUAAAAGAAAAUAUAAUUAAAGGAGAUCAUACAAUUUUGAAGCACAAAUUGAUUUAUGAAAUUUGAAAUAAAGUCACUUACAAAGAUAUAUUUGGGGAGGGUUGAAUUUUUUAGUUGUGAAAAAAAAAUGCUGAUUCUGGUGAAGGUGUUAUUUUUGUACCCAUGCUUUAUCCCUUUUACACAUGAGACAAUGAAUGAUUAAUGAGAAAUGCAAGGUUUGUUUGAAGUAUUAUAUUCACUGGAAAAUGUUUAAUAUUUUUGUUAUAUUAGUGUAGUAUAUAUAAUCUAGCUUUUAGAAUGGAAUAUGUGUUUGUUUUUUUUUAAUGAUAUUGCAUUUCCGGUGCUUGUUGAAAAAAUUAUGUGCUUGUAUUUUACUAUUUUUGCAUGUUCUUUAAUAGCAUUGUUUGUGAUGAAAAAGAUUAUAUAUCUUUACAUUUAUUGUUAGGGUAUAUGAUAUCCUUUCCCUUUCAUUGUUUGUUACUCAUUUUUUUGUACAAGAGUUUUCCAAAAACUCUUCUUUUAAUUUAGAAAUUACAGUCUUUGAAGAUGACAUUAUUUUUAUCUGUACAUUUAAUUCUAAAUGUAGGCAGAUUAAAAUCAACAUUGACAAAAACAAAUUGUGGACAGCAUAUCAAAUGCAUACUUUUUUUCAAAAGAUUAUUAUUUUGUUAAUUUUCUUUAACAGAGAAGCAUUUGCCAAGAAAAACAAACCACAAGAUUCCUUAAAAAAAUAUUGGAAGGAUGUUCAGUUUUUUUCUUAAAUGAUUUUGAUACUCAUUUUUGAAAGAUUUGUUUUAAAUCAAUAAUGUUUUAUCCUUAUAAUUACCAGCAAAUCAUUUCAAAUAUUAAAUUUGACCUUUUGGAAUGGUAAUAUUUAAGAUUGAUAACUGCAUAUGAUGAUGUUGCACUUACUAAAGAAAAUAUUUGUUUCAGAUUUAUGUAUUUACAAAAAAAAAAAUUAACUCUUUUUUUUUUUUAAUUUGCAAACUUUUUUCUCCAUUUGACAGGUUGGUGUGUUUUAAAGACAUGCUGAAAAAUUGUUAUAGAUAUUCAUGAAAUGUAGAAUGGCAAUACUAGAUUUUAGUAAUUUUUUUUGCAAUAUUUCAGCUACAUUUUAAUAUUUGAAGUUGUAUAUUUAAGGACAUAGAAGUUCAGAAAAAUCUUGUACAAAAAUAAUGGGACUUCAGGUAUUUGAAAUACUUGCUGCACUGUUUGAGGAAAACUACACUGUACAUAAUUUGUACAAUGUCAACUCACCAACCAAAUAAUUCUAAAAAAAUAUAUCACUUGUUGAUUUAGACAAAUGAAUCUUCAAAAGAAAUUAUAUGCGCUACUUUGUGAUUAUGUCUUUUGUUUGUAUGAUAUGUAUAUUAACUGUUUUUUUUUUGUCUCUGACGUUGGAUAAAACGGGUAUUGUAUUAUUAUUGUAGGCUUAAUAGGCAAAUAUGCUUAAAAGCUGGUUUUAAAACCUUAUUACCUCAUAUGCUAUGAUGUAAAUAUAUAUAUUAGCUUAAGUUGUUUAUAUUACUUUUAAGCCUUUUGAAAAUUGUUUUUCUCUCAGGCCUGUAAUGAUAAUAAGAUUGAUUUUACACAUUUAUUUUUAAUUUGUUUGGAAACGUUUUAUGAAAGAAGUUAUAUUAAUUCCUUAUCUAAAAUAAUUAACUAGAUUUUUUAGACUAAUAUUCUUAUAGAAUUAUAAAAUUAUAGUUUGAAAUAUUUUAUGUUAACAUUACAAAGACAUGAAAGACAAUUUUUAAAAGGCAAUUUUUUGUUACUUGUAGACUUGAAGUUAUGUUAUUUACCGGUUGUUUAUUUCUGUAAAUCCAUAUUACGUUAAUUUCUCAGGCAGCAUAUCAUUUUCAUAGAUUUUUGCCUAGCAAAGAAUGUCCUAAUGCACAACACCAUACAAGAAAGGCAAUAUAGUAACACAGUUACAAAUUUUUGAUGUUAUUUUUGUUCCAAACUUGGAGUACAUAGAUUGUUAUACACAUAUAGGUCUGUGAGACCUUACUGGUUGUUCAGAACUUUUGUAUUGGGCUCGCUGAAAGCGAUAAAAAAUGAAAAUCUAUGCUUUUGAGAACAGUCAAAUUGUUUGUUGUUAUAAAAUGUACAGUGUAGAAUAAGUACCUCUUAAGCUUUCAAAUAGUAAGUUUGGAAGUCAUAUAUUUGCAUUUAUAAUUUAUUUUAAUUUACGGUGGUAUGGGUUUUUCAGUGCCAUGCAUUAUUUAAAAUCAAGUACAUCUAUAGCUACAUUUACAUGGACAUUUCUUACCAAGAACUUUUUCAUAUUCAUAAAAAGAACUAGUCAUAAUUUGUUAUUUUUGAACAAUAAACACUUAUUAUUGUUAUUGAUGACAUAAAUAUAUCUAUACUUCUAGUAUAAAAUUGGACAAAAAUGGGGGGACUUGAAAUUUUUAUGCUUCUGAAAAUUAUUAUGCUACAGUCAAAUUGUGAAAGAUAUAUAUCAUAUCAUAUUUCUUUUGACUGCAUUUAUUCAUGUGAUAGUAAAAAUAUAUGACCAUGUUGAAUACAAAAAUGUCUUGACAGUUUGUUAAAUGCUAGAUAUAAUUUUGUUUUGUUUUGUAAGGGUUGCUGUCUCAUUGAAGUAUUCCCUGCAUCCCCUUACAGUAUAAAUGUAAUUAUGGAUAAACAUAACAGAAUAUAUCUACACUUAAGUAAUGUAAUUAACUCUAACAGAUUAAAUAUAACCCUCCCCUCCUCUAUAAUUUAUAUACUAUAUAAAUCAGGUAAUAGCAUACCCGUACCUCAUUCAUAUGUCUCAGGAAUAACAGUAAAUCUUUUAACAUCACUUCUUUGAAACAUUUGUACCUCAUUUUAGCUUAUAUAUUAUAUACAUACAGUUAUAUAUACACUUGUACAUUAUCUUUUGUUUUAAGUAAUAUUACAUAAGAUAACAAUCAGUAGAAAUACCUCUUAUAUUGUACACAUAUGUCAUCCUAAACCUUUGUUAUAAAAACAAACAUACAAUAUUUAUCUUUUUUCCCCCUAAAUGACCAUCAAAUGUUCUGUCAUAAAAUUUGUCCAGUUAAGAUACUAAUGGUGAUCAUAAUACUUUGGUUCGAACUCUUCUUUAAUUAUAAAAAUGUACUUUGUAAUCCAAGAUAAUUUACUGAAAGUAGUUUUGUAACCUCCAUGGAAUAAACGAAUGUCUUUCUGUUAGGAAGGUUUAGUAUGGAUUAUUUGAAUAUGGGUCAUUGAUUUCAAAAUAUUCAUUUAUAAAAUAGAGUUCAUCUGUUAUCACAUUGUUAUGUACUUGUUAUAAUUGACUGUACUCACCAUCAUAGAUUUUCUUGUUUAUCUGUGUUACUAUGGAAACAUAAAUUAGUAGCCAAUUUCUUAUAUUUGUACUGAAUUGUGCUGAAUUAUAUUUUUGCAUAUAAUGCACAGAUUUGUCAAACAAAUGGUCGUUUAACUUUUUUGACAGGCGUUCUUUUGAAUUUAAUGUCAUCACAGUUUAUUCAUCAAAUGAAGAAAAACCUUGUUGGAGUGCUUGCUUUUUUGCUAAUUGUUUGUUUAUAUUAAAAUACAUGUAAUGUGGAGUAGACAUAUUGAUCUAGAUGAUUUAAAUACUGGUUUGUUUAAGUCUUUUUUUUUUUUAAUUCUAUUGACUAGAAUAAUUUCAUCAAUUUUGGUAAAUUUUUCAUACUACUCUAUACUGUUUUUCUGAUGAGAUUUUUUCAUAAUUGGGCAUUUCUUUUUUAAAAAAUAGCAUUAUUAUAUUUAAUAGUUAAUACCACAAGUACAUGCACAUUGAUGGAAAUGACCAACUAUUCCAUAUAUAACUUCUAAUACAUUUGUACAUGAGGUAAACUUCGUGUUAUUUUAAUUUUUAUUCACUGUAUGAAAGAUUUGUUAUUGAACAUAAAAAAUAAAUCUGUAUUUUUAUUACUCUCCUCAAGUCAAAUUCUGUACAGUUUUUCUUUAAGUACAAUUUAAUGUAUAAAUUUAUUUUGCCUUUUGAAGUUUAAAAUGUUUCCUACCUUUUGUUCACAACUUGGUACUUAUCUGUGUCUUCUUUUUUUAUCCUCCUAAAGUAUAAAGAAAUAUUAUAUAUAUAUAUAUAUAUAAAGUCUAUGUACAUGUAUAUGAUAAAUACUUGUUUUAAGCUAUUUGUUUUAAAAAUGAAAACGCUCUGUGCUUUUAACACUUUUUCUCAUCUUGUGCCAGUAAACUUUGUCAACCAGUGCAAUUGCCACAUUAAAGUAGUACUUUGAAAAA